AACACUGACGGCCAUGAAUAUCUCGAAUCCCAUCCCCUCCACCGUCACCAGCAUUUCCUUCUCCUUCCUGACCGCAGAAGAAAUCCGACGAAUAUCCGUCAAACAAAUUGUCAACCCAACGCUGCUGGAUGACCUGAAUCGGCCGAACAUUGGCGGUCUGUACGACCCCGCUCUUGGCCCAAGUGAUAAACAGGACAUAUGUGCAACAUGCCGCCUAACUUAUUUCACUUGUCCUGGACACUUCGGCCACAUAGAGCUACCGUCACCCGUAUUCCACCCUCUGUUCAUGGUGAACAUGUACAAUCUGCUGCGAGGGACGUGUCUGUUCUGUCACAAAUUCAAGAUGAGCAGGACAACGAUAUGCAAAUAUAUCGCCAAAUUCCGCUUACUAGAGCGCGGUCUGCUCGAGGAAGCCCUCAUCGUGGAUGACAUCAAGCGAGCAACACGGAGGAAGGGUGAUACAGAGGGCGACGACGAUGAGAUUGCGGAAGAGUCUAUUGAGGAGUUUGAAUGGAGGGUGAACGCGUAUGUUUUCGCAGUGCUGUCGGCGAGAAGAGGCCGAACGCGUGAUGAUUACAAGGACCCUGCUGUGUACCAGGCGCGGAAGGACCUCAUGAUAGAGUUCCUCAAGGCUACGAUUCUCAAAAAGUGUCAGAACUGUAACGCGUUCGGCUACACUUUCCGGAAGGAGGGCCAUACGAAAAUCAUCGAAUAUGAUUUAUCGAAGAAGCAGAAGGCACAGCACGCUAUGUUAAAUGUCAAGAGGCCAAACGUUCUGUCUUCCCCUGUGUCAACACAUGGCUCGGCGAAGAAUCGCGCUGGAGCUGACUCUGACACUGACGAGUCCGAACCGGAAUCAGAGGGCCCGGGCGAGAACACGUUCUCUGAUCAGGAAUUCGAGGAGGAAGCACCCCAGCCCGCGGAGGCCCAGCUGCCCAAGUCCGCCAGCGGCAAAGUAAAGACCUCCCGGGGGCGCAACGAGCGCGUGAUGGCCUCGGAAGAGUGCCGCGCCCACCUCCGCCGGCUCUUCGCCAACGAGGCACAAAUCUGUUCGCUCCUCUUUGGGCGGCAUGGUCCUUUCGCAGCCAUCACACCAGAGGGCAUCUCCGUCGCGAGUCCGGACAUGUUCUUCAUGGAGGUGCUCCCCGUCACCCCCACACGGUUCCGCCCGCCCGCGAAGAUGGGCGAGAUGCUCUUCGAGCAUCCGCAGAACGAGCUGCUAGCGAAGGUGCUCAAUACGUGCUACCGCCUGCGCGACCGCAACCUCGAGCUCCGCGCCGCUAGUGCGAAAGGCUCAGGUUCGGAUGAAGCGACGCAACGGAGGAUUUUGGGACAGCUUCUGGAUUCUCUCAUCCAGCUGCAGGUAGACGUGAACAGCUUCAUCGAUAGCAGUAAGAACCCGCAGCCUAUGCGUCAGGGUAAGUUACCGCCUCCUGGUGUCAAGCAGCUGCUGGAGAAGAAGGAGGGUCUAUUCCGCAAGCACAUGAUGGGUAAACGUGUCAACUACGCAGCCCGCUCUGUCAUCUCCCCCGAUGUCAAUAUCGAACCGAGCGAAAUCGGUAUCCCCCCUGUCUUCGCCCAGAAGCUCACGUUCCCGGAGCCCGUCACACCUGCUAAUUUCCAUCAACUGCGUCAGUACGUCAUCAAUGGCCCGAAGCAGUAUCCUGGAGCCACCAUGGUCGAGUUCGAGGAUGGACACCUUCAGUUCCUGGACAAACUAAGCGUGGAGCAGCGGACAGCCAUUGCCAACCAGUUGCUUACGCCGCAGGAGGGUACGUCCAGCCGGUAUGGGCUUCAGACGAGGACACCUUCGGUCAACAAGAAGGUGUACCGACAUUUGCAGGAUGGCGACAUAUUGAUCCUCAACCGUCAGCCGACGCUGCACAAGCCGAGUAUGAUGUGUCAUCGGGCCAAAGUGCUGCAUGGAGAGAAGACCAUCCGGAUGCACUACGCUAACUGUAACUCAUAUAAUGCUGAUUUCGACGGAGACGAGAUGAACAUCCAUUUCCCCCAGAACCAGGUCGCACGUGCGGAAGCAUACAAUAUCGCCAAUACCGACAACCAGUACCUUGUCCCUACUUCAGGCAAACCUCUACGAGGCCUCAUCCAGGACCACGUAGUUGCUGGUGUAUGGAUGACUAACAAAGACACGUUCUUCACUCGCGAGGAAUAUUUUCAGCUUCUUUACGGCGCGAUUCGACCAGAGGAUGAGUCUCAUCCAACUGGACGGCUAGCGACCCUGCCACCAGCGAUUUGGAAGCCGAAACCGCGAUGGACAGGAAAGCAGAUCAUCUCGACAGUGCUUCUGAACAUCACCCCUGAUCACGCGGAAGGUCUGAACGUCGAUUCUAAAGCCAAGGUACCUGGUAGCUUAUGGGGCAAGGAUUCGGAAGAAGACAAGGUGAUUUUCCGGGACGGCGAGCUGCUUUGCGGUGUGUUGGACAAAUCGUCAUUUGGUGCAACUGAUUACGGUCUCGUUCACUCGGUCUACGAACUGUACGGCGCGGAGGUUGCCGGCAGACUCCUUGGUAUCCUCAGUCGACUCUUCACGAAGUUCCUGCAACACCGGGCUUUUACUUGUCGCAUGGAUGAUCUCGCUUUAACACCGGACGGUGAUUCGAAGAGACGAGACUUACUUGAGAAGGGUCGGAACCUCGGAACCGAAGGUGCCAUCGAGAACUUCCCAACGUUGGAGAAAGUGCCUCCAGAGGAGAAGCCGGAGCAGCUUCGUGCCCUGUUGCAAGACGUUCUGCGCGACGAUAACAAGAUGGCUGGAUUGGAUGUCACGGUGAAGACCAAGAUGGCCAAACUCACGAAGUCAAUAGCGGACGCCGUCAUGCCUCACGGGCUCUUGCGGAAGUUCCCUCAGAACCACAUGCAGGCAAUGACCCAGUCUGGUGCCAAGGGAAGUGCUGUCAACGCUCAGCAGAUAUCUUGCGCGCUAGGUCAGCAGGAGCUGGAAGGUCGUCGAGUUCCUGUCAUGAUUAGUGGGAAGACCCUUCCAUCAUUCAAAGCUUUCGAGACUCAGGCCAUCGCCGGAGGUUAUGUCGCUAGUCGAUUCUUGACCGGUAUCAAGCCCCAAGAAUUCUUCUUCCAUUGUAUGGCAGGUCGAGAGGGUCUUAUUGACACUGCUGUGAAGACUUCUCGUUCCGGAUAUUUACAGCGCUGCUUGAUCAAACACCUGGAAGGAAUGCGAGUACACUAUGACCACACAGUCCGCGGAAGCGACUCUGCAGUGUACCAAUUCCAUUAUGGCGGCGAUGCCCUAGACGUGACCAAGCAGAAGCACAUCAUGCAGUUUGACUUUAUUGCGCGGAAUGCCAACACCUUCAUCAAUCGGUACCGACCGAGGGAGACCGUCGGGUACGUGAACGACCAGGACGCUUUGGCUUAUAUGAAGAAGGUUCUCAAGUCCAAGAAGAAGUCGAGGAAACACUCGGACGAUGGCCCGCCUGUGGACAAGUACGAACCGGCUCUUUCUCGGUACAGCCCUUCCCGUUAUCUGGGAAGCACAUCCGAGAAGUUUGCCGAGAAGGUUGCUGAGUAUAUCAAGUCCAACCCUUCCAAGCUUCUACGAUCCAAGGAUAUGAGCGGAGAGCUCGAUAUCAGACGGCGGCAUCCUCUACUAGGACCUAAGCAAUUCCAGCUUCUGAUGAAUGUCAAGUAUAUGCGCAGCCUGGUGGAGCCUGGAGAAGCUGUCGGCCUCCUUGCUUCCCAAGGUGUUGGUGAGCCAUCGACACAGAUGACACUGAACACCUUCCAUUUUGCUGGUCACGGUGCCGCCAACGUCACGCUGGGUAUUCCCCGUCUACGAGAAAUCGUCAUGACGGCCUCCACGAAACCCAAGACCCCAUCGAUGGCGAUGUCUACUCGCCCCGAUGUCCCUGUCGAAGAGGUCGACGCCUUCUGCAAGAAAGCCAGCCGACUCGCCCUGUCCCAGGUCGUCGACCAGGUCACAGUAAAGGAGUCGCUGACCGUGAAUGCCCAGGCACGGAGUAAACAGUACACGAUCGACAUCGCGUUCUUCCCCGAAGAUGAGUACCGGUCGGAAUACGACGUCGAGCCUCGGGAGAUCUUGGCGGCAUUCAGCUCGCGGUUCCCACAGAUUCUCAAGAAGGAGAUCAUGACGGAGAUGAAGAAGCUCGAUUCGGACCUGAAGGGGCAGAUCUCCGGGCUCGGUAAGGGUACCGCGGUGAAGGAGACCGGACCUGCGCCCACGGAGGACGACGGCGACGAGGAGGGUGCUGGUGCAGGCCGGGAUGAUGAUCAGAGGAGCGAGGUGGACGAGGUAGAGGAUGAGAAGCAAGCGAGGAAGAAGAAGCAGCAGCAGGCGACGUACGAAUCGGACGACGACGGGGACGUCGAUUUGGACGAGUUGAACGAUGCAGCCAUCGAGGCGGCUUACGCGGAUAACGACGAGCCCAUGGAGGACGGCGCCGCUCAGCCAGAGCCGGUGAAGAGCGAGUCCCUGGAAGAGCUGAUCGCCGUCGUCCGGAGGAACUUCAUGGACAACUUCGCGCGGGCGACCUCGUUCAAGUUCACCGAGUCCCACUGCGUGAUCGAACUCCUUUUCGACGCCGAUUUCCCGAAGUUGUUGCUCGUGGGCAUCGUGGAACGCGUCUGUCGCAAGACGGUCAUCCGUGAGAUCGCAGGUAUCAGCGACUGUUUCCGCGUCCGGGAAGAGACCAAGGACGGCCGGACAAAGCUCACGACCAACGGCUCGAACUUCCAAGGGCUGUGGGAGGUCCUGGGCGAGCAGGAGGAGAGCACGGUGGAGGCAAACAGCAUCUACUCGAACGACAUCUACGCGAUCCUGAAGGCGUACGGCGUCGAGGCGGCGCGCGCGGCGAUCAUCCGCGAGGUGAGCAACGUGUUCGACGCGUACAAGAUCGACGUGGACAUGCGGCACCUGGAGCUCAUCGCGGAUUACAUGACGUUCGACGGCGGGUACAGGCCGUUCAACCGGCGCGGCAUCUCCGCGCAGUCGUCGCCGCUGCUCAAGGCGUCGUACGAGACGACCGCGGCGUUCCUCUCCGAGGCGACGCUCUUCGGCGACUUUGACACGCUCACGUCGCCCUCGGGGAGCAUCGUCCUCGGCCGGCCGAACAUGACGGGCACGGGCGCGUUCGACAUCGUUAUGCCUGUGCAGGAUAACUCCGGAUCCAGCGCGGUGGUCCCUAUGGAGCAGUAGGCGCUGUGGGCAUGAAAAGUAGCACACUUAUAUUGUCGGAUAGUGUAGGCAUAUUGUGUAUCAUCUAGACAUUUCUUGGGUCUGGCGUAGGCAUAGGCAACCAGUCUGGAUCCUGAGCGCGAUUCCAAAAUAAAAAGCUUUUCAUAAUCGUCAUAUGGCAUAACUAAUAAACAGGAAUGGGAAGCAAGGAAAGUAAGCCGGAGCGCGGAGACUGGUAGUCUGCUAGACUACCAUGUGAUACAACGCAGGUGGUUGCCCGCAAUACGCGCUCGGGGAGAUUGAGAUUGAGACUGAGAUGGUGGGGAUAGAGGUACAUAGCCGGGACAAGACAAGAUGAAUCAGAAACAAAGGAUCAGCAUAUAUGGAAGAAAUAGAUUGUAGUGCAUAGAUGCAAAUCGUGACUCGUGGGUCGUGAGGCGAGAAGGACCGAGUGAUGUUGCGGGUUGCACUGGGUGGGGGAAAGCAAGGUCGCCCGGGAUUCGGUCGGUCGCCUGGUGGAGAAUAUAACAAAGAAAACUAGAACUCGUCCUCGCCGUCCGCCGCGUCCAACUCGUCCUCCAUCAUCCUCCUGCGCGCGUUCGCGACUUUGGGCGAGCGCCCGGGGGUGGCGGCCGCCUUGGGGACGCCGAGCGCUGCCCCGAGGGUGCCCGCGAGUCUGGGCGCGGCGCUAGUCUCCUUCCGCGGGGAGCUGGCGAUGAUCAUGGGUCUGUACUUUGCGCCCCCGUCUGCCGCCCCUCUCUUCUUCGCGGUGCUGGGCGAGAACGCGAUGCCCUGCUUCAACGGCGAGCCGGGGAUGGCACCCUUCUUACCCUCCUCCACCCUCGGCGGCGCCUU